AUGCCGUUGAAGCUGAGAAAUCCGCGGGCCUCUGCGGCGCGAGUUUGGUUCAUUCGGCACGGCUCGGCUCACCGCAACGUCGGCUCGGCACGGCCAGAUCUGUCCGCACCCCGCGCCGCAGAGGCGGCGCAUAGCAUCGAUCCCGGCAAGCAGCAGAUACGAACCAUCGCCAACCUUGCGGAUCAACUUACCGAGGAACAGAUUGCCGAAUUCAAGGAGGCGUUCUCCCUCUUCGACAAAGAUGGUGACGGCACGAUUACCACCAAGGAAUUAGGUACUGUCAUGCGGUCCCUGGGCCAGAAUCCUACAGAAGCUGAAUUACAAGAUAUGAUCAAUGAAGUAGAUGCUGACGGUAAUGGAACUAUUGACUUUCCUGAAUUUCUUACCAUGAUGGCGAGAAAAAUGAAGGACACGGACAGCGAGGAAGAAAUUCGUGAGGCUUUCAGAGUAUUUGACAAGGAUGGCAAUGGUUUCAUUAGUGCAGCAGAGCUUAGGCAUGUGAUGACCAACCUUGGAGAAAAACUUACAGAUGAGGAAGUUGAUGAAAUGAUCAGAGAAGCAGAUAUUGAUGGAGAUGGUCAAGUGAAUUAUGAAGAAUUCGUCACCAUGAUGACAUCAAAGUGAAGCGGGUGAUGCCCUAAAGGCAAAAUGAAAAAAACUUAAGAAAAAUUGAACCUGCAUUUCAGCUUUCCACUACUUGAAUUGGAAAUGAGCAUAGCUAAAUUGGAGAUGAGCUUGAAUCAGUUUUAUGUAUUUAAGUGGUUGUAUAAGUGAUUUUGAAGGAUGCAAGUUUGUGUAAAUUUUUGUAAAAUAAUUCCCUGGUCUGCAGUUUUGUGGUUCCAUUGAAUAAUGUUUUAUUAUCAUUGUAAAAAUAGGAGUGGAUUUUGUGCUGUCUUAAGAUUUUUUUUAAAGGUUCUGUGUGCUCCUUCCAUUAUUUUUACCUGGUCUUCUGAUACCUUUCGGUGAGCUGCAGGCCUGGACUUGCCUGUGCACUUGCAUAAUGGCAGUUGUUUUCUGUUCUUAAUGUAGGUUUACUAUCCAUAAGUAGAUGUGUACACAUUUGAUUUUUUUUUUUUUUCGUUGUUUUUUCUUUCCUCAAGCAGCAGCUCAUUUGUUGUCGCAACCUGAUUUAGCUUUGUGGCAAGCAGGAUGGACAUUUAAAAAAACCAACCUGUAACAUUCCUUCAACAACCCACACAAAAAGUUGAAAUUUUUUGAGUGUGGUAUAUCUGCUUAAUGCCACAUUCAUUCAAGGGACUCAUUGGUCGGAAAUUUUCCGGCUUGGGUGACGUGGCAGAUUGCUAAAGGAACUUGUGUAGUGGGUGUGAACAAACCUACUGAAUAAAUGUAUGGACUGUCUUAACAUGGGGCAGCCUGGGUCAAAAAGGAUCCCUCUACCCCUGAAAAAAAGAGUAAAAUUGUGCUACCCACACAUAGGACUUCCUCCACAGCCUUGUUUACUGUAAUUGGUGACCUAGAAUUGCAUUGAAUAUAAAAGACAAAAUAAAUGUGUUUCUUCAUUCAUGUUAUGUUACUUCAAAACCUCUAAAAAUGUUGGUUGAUAUGCCUGUAACCUAUUUUCCUCAUAACACUCCUUUAAAAUCAUAUGGCCAGAUUAAAAGCAAUUUGGGCCUGGAACAGCACUAGAAUGUGCCACAGUGGCAUUGAUAUUGAAGAAGUGCUAGAGCUUGAUAAUGCAGGGCAUUUGUGGGUUGAUUAAUUUAAUAUUAAUUCUCGAGUUCUCACUAACUGGGUAGAUACAUUCCAUGUUCCUCCAAAGGAAAUGGAAUACUGGAAAAGGGCUUGCACCCAGUAAAAACAAUGCAAGAAAUUAUUCCAUAGUAGUAAGUGGCAUUUUGAUUGCUUUCUUUGAGCACGUCAGUGAGGGAAUUUUUUGGUUCCUAAAGGCCAUGAGCCACCAUUUGGACAUAGUGGCCGAACAAUUUCCAAGCAUUUUAGGAGGGAAAAAAACUUAUAGAAAUUGUAAAAAUGUGGAAUUGUGACGAAAGUAAAUUUUUAGUCUGAGUACUUUAAUUUACUUGUAUUUAGAGUUUUUGAUCCAUUUCUUUAAUCUUGUAGAAACAUGUUAAAUAGCUACAAAGCAAACUUGAACUUG